AUGGAGGACAGGAGCAGCCGCACCAGCAGCGGCAGAGAAAGGCUGGGACUGAGCUUCACUAUUGACUACCUUCUGUUCAAUAAAGGAGUCAAAGGUUCUAAAGAAGAAGCGACAGGAAGUCGUACGGCAGAGCAGACAGCGAGCAACAUGCUAAAUCAUCAGAAUCCUAAACCUGAAGAGGUGGGGAUUCGCUCAGAGGCGCAGGAGAAGCGGCUACAGAGGUCAGAGGCAAAGGCUGAAGAGAGGAAAGUCAAAGAAGAGGAGGGGGAUGAAGUGCAACAAGAGGAGGGGGCGGAGGAAGUGACCACCACCACCACCACCACCACCACGUCGACCAGCAGCAGUCCGGAGAAGUCUGCGGACAAACCCAACCAGUCGUACAUCGCGCUUAUCUCCAAGGCAAUCCUGGCGUCAGAGCAGAAGAAACUGCUGCUGUGUGACAUCUACCAGUGGAUCAUGGACCACUACCCUUACUUCAAGAGUAAGGAUAAAAACUGGAGGAACAGCGUGCGUCACAACUUGUCCCUGAAUGACUGCUUCAUCAAAGCAGGCCGCAGUGACAAUGGUAAAGGCCACUUCUGGGCAAUUCACCCAACAAACUUCCAGGACUUUUCUAACGGGGACUACCACUGCCGGAGGGCGCGGCGGAGGGUACGCAGGGUGGCAGGACAGCUCCCCCUUUCCUCCCUGAGCUCGCCCUACCACCCAGCUUUUGCCCGGUCACACAGAACGACCUACUGGUGCUGCCCCCAAGCCCAAACGCUCCCUCUGUCCUGCCUGGCACCAAGACUCUACUGGCCAUGGGCCAGCGUGCAGCCACAAGUGGGGUUCCACCCGAGCCUGCACGCCUCUGUACCCUGA